AACAAGAUGGCGGCGGCGUGUCGGGCGCGGAAGGGGGAGGCGACCCGGGGCGCCCAGGAGUGAGGCGCGGGGCCGGGAGGGCGGCGCCGGCGGCCCCCGCGGGCGGCCUUGCAUGGGCUGGGUCCCCCCCUCGCCGCCGCGCCUCCUGCUCUUGCGCGGCGGCCGCGGCGAGGGGGACGCGACGCCCGGGUUCCGUCAGCCUUGGGGAGCCUCCUGUUCCGGAGCCUGCGGCCUGCAUCGCCCGGCUACCCGGUGGCGGCCGGCGGCCGGUGGCCCCGGGCUCGCGGCGGCGGGGAGCGCGGGGCCGGGCAUGGACGGCACGGACGGGCCCCAGCGCGGUCGCCGCCUCGGCCGAGCGCCUGGACGAUGACCUAGCGCCGCUGCCGUGCCCGGGGACAGCCGCGACCGUCGCAGGAAGACUUUCCGUGGACUUGGCGGGGGGUGGGGGGUGGGGUCCGUCCGUUACUUUUUUUUUUUUUCUUCUUGUUAAACGUUUGGAGAAGGAAAGCCAAGGCCGGAGGCCGCCGUCGUCCGUCACGGGGACCGAGGGGACACGGGGCGGGGGGCGAGGAGGGCUCCCCGGCGCCGGGCCCAGGAUGGACGUGGCCGACCCGCAGCCGCCGGGCCUGUUCCCUGAGGGCGAGCUGAUCGCCGUGGGCAUGGAUACCUUCAUCCACCGCAUCGACUCCACCGAGGUCAUCUACCAGCCGCGCCGCAAGCGCGCCAAGCUGAUCGGGAAGUACCUGAUGGGCGACCUGCUGGGCGAGGGCUCCUACGGCAAGGUGAAGGAGGUGCUGGACUCCGAGACGCUGUGCCGCAGGGCCGUGAAGAUCCUCAAGAAGAAGAAGCUCCGGCGCAUCCCCAACGGCGAGGCCAACGUGAAGAAGGAAAUCCAGCUCCUACGGCGGCUCCGGCACAGGAAUGUCAUCCAGCUGGUGGACGUGCUGUACAAUGAGGAGAAGCAGAAGAUGUAUAUGGUGAUGGAGUACUGCGUGUGUGGCAUGCAGGAGAUGCUGGACAGUGUGCCCGAGAGGCGCUUCCCUGUGUGCCAGGCCCACGGGUACUUCUGCCAGCUCAUCGAUGGCCUAGAGUACCUGCACAGCCAGGGCAUUGUGCACAAGGACAUCAAGCCAGGCAACCUGCUGCUCACCACGGGUGGCACGCUCAAGAUCUCGGACCUGGGCGUUGCUGAGGCCCUGCACCCCUUCGCCGCAGAUGACACCUGCCGGACCAGCCAGGGCUCCCCUGCGUUCCAGCCACCUGAGAUCGCCAAUGGCCUGGAUACCUUCUCUGGCUUCAAGGUGGACAUCUGGUCUGCUGGGGUCACGCUCUACAACAUCACCACAGGCCUGUACCCGUUCGAGGGGGACAACAUCUACAAGCUGUUCGAGAACAUUGGCAAGGGGGCCUACAGCAUCCCGGGCGGCUGCGGGCCCCCGCUCUCUGACCUGCUGCGAGGGAUGCUGGAGUACGAGCCAGCCAAGAGGCUCUCCAUCCGACAGAUCCGGCAGCACAGCUGGUUCCGGAAGAAGCACCCACUGGCCGAGCCACUGGUGCCCAUCCCACCCAGCCCAGACACCAGAGACCGCUGGCGCAGCAUGACAGUGGUGCCCUACCUGGAGGACCUGCACGGCUGCACCCAGGAGGACGAGGAUGAGGAUGGGGACCUGUUUAGCAUCGAGGACAGUGUCGUCUACACACAGGACUUCAUGGUGCCCGGACAGGUCCCAGAGGAGGAGGCAGGGCAGAACGGACAGAGCCUCGGCCUGCCCAAGGCUGUGUGCAUGAACGGCACGGAGUCUGCCCAGCUGAGCACCAAGGCCAAGGCCGGGGCCUCCCACUCAGCUCGCAAGGCCUGCUCCAGCAGCAAGAUCCGCCGGCUGUCGGCCUGCAAGCAGCAGUGAGGGCGCCCCCUGCAGCCUGUCUCCAGGAGCCACAGCCCAGGGCCACAGCCCAGGUCCCCAGUCUUCCUGCUGGUUCCCAGCCCACCGCCCUCCCAGGAAGAUGGCCACCAUGCCUCUGUGCAGACCGCCCAGGACGUCAGGAGCACAAGGGCCACGCAGGGGGGUGGCAGGGGUCUUGGUGCAGCCCUCCCACGGGCCACCUGCCCACGGCCCCACUGGGUAGUGGACAGCUGAUUCUGCAGUCGCGUGCAGAGCCCUCCUCGGGCGAGGGAGACAGAGGCCCGGCCUCUGAGAUGCACUUUAUGUUGAGACUACUGGCUCUCCGCCCGCCUGCUGCUGGGGACGCGCAGCGGUCCUGGGGAGCAGGCUCCUGCCGGCACCUUGCAUGCAGACCGCUUGAGGGAGCCCUGCGACCACUUUUUUGUUGUUUGGUUGAUUUUCCUUUUUUUUCUUUCUUUCUUUUUUUUUUUUUUUUUUAAAUAAAACAGGUGGAUUUGAGCUGUGGCUGUGAGGGUGUUUGGGAAGCACCGGGAGGCAGGUGGGCACGCACAGUCCCCACAGGCGGGGCCCGUCCCAGCUCCGUCUUGCCAGGGAGGGCAGUGGGGUGGCGUGGGACGCCAGAGAAGACCAGGAGCGACCAGGAAUGUGCAGUAAAUAUUUAUAAUCAACCAGGAAACAGAAACGACACGAGAACGCCAUCGUGGGGUGACACGGAUUGGUGGGGCAGCAGCGAGGGCGGGGCCGAUGGCCCCAUCUUUUGGCAAUAAAUAAAGCUCGGGAGACUUGAA